AUGGUGGAAGAGAAAUCUGAUGAAGAUGAGAAAGUUAUAACAGGAAAAAAUGUAAUUUAUAAUAAUUUUGAAAACAAAGAUUUUUUAAACAAUUUUAGAAGUUCACUUGAAAACAUUAAAAACCUGAACAAAUCAGGCGAAUUUUCGAAUUGCUCAACAUUCAGUAAAAAAGUAGAUAUUAAAAAUUUUGAGAAAAAAUAUUUUAAAAAAGAAGACAAAAGCAAGAAGAAUAAAAAAUUUAUAAUACAUUUAAUACCUUCAAAGAAUUCAAAUUUUUAUAAUUUUUUAAAAAAAAAAAAAGAAGAAGUGUUAAAUAAAUAUGGCAAGGAUGACACGUAUAAAUAUGAUAUUCACAUAAGCCUAACGGGUUACUUUUUUUGUGACAAUAUAAAAGUGUUCAUAAAAACAUUGUACAUUUAUAUGUUUUAUUAUGUAAAAUUAUAUUAUGCUUUUAAAAAUUUUUCAUAUACGCACUUGUUUUUUCAUUUAUCGCACAAGUAUGUUAAUGGUAGUUGUGGCAAUAGUGCACUAUUCAUAAGAGAAAAAAGAAGUCUAGUCAAUUUUAACAAUGGUAAAAAGAAGUCAAGACAGAUAAAACAUUAUCUCUCAUAUUCACACCAGUCGCAACAGAAGAGAAAUAUAGCAGUAGUAACAAAAAAUGACAACAAACACAUAUCUAUUUUAAAUGGUAAAAAUGAUGAAAGAAAGGAUAAUACCUUAUAUGAAAGGAAUGUUAUAACUACGAAUGAUGGAUAUGUAAUUAUUCCUAUCCUGUGUGAAUGGAUUAAACGUAUUUUUGAAAAUUUCAAUUUUUUAAUAAGAAGUGAAAGUUUUUUAUCUUCCAAUAAAUGCAAAACAAAUGUAAAGGAUAAUAUACAUCUUAAUUACUUAUAUAAAAAUUCCAUUAUCUUAAAGAAAGCUAAUGAAAAUCAUAACGGUGGUUAUAAUAGCAAGAAUUGUUUACUUGUUAAAAAUAUCCCAUUAAAAAACAAUUGCCAAGGAAUAGAAGAAAAAACGAAUAUAAAAUCUUCAUAUGAAGAUGGUAUAAACUCAUGCGGCGCUAGUAACUCUGAUGAGCAACAACUAUUAUCGGUUUGUGUAACUCCCCAUGGGAAGGUGAAUAUGAAUAUGGAUAGGAACAUGGAUAUAAAUACUAAUAUCAAUAUCAUAAGAACUGCAAGUCAUUCAAAAACACUUUCUGGCCAUGUUGUUGGAUGCAACACAAGAAACGAAACCGACGAGACCAGCAUUUGGGAUAUGAAUAUAGAGGCACCCCGUUUGUCCACAAGCAAUGAAACUGUAAGCACAGAUAGUUACAUGGAAAGUUGCACGGACAGUUAUGCAGAAUGUAACAACAAUGGUCAUCCAAAAAGAAUAAAAAGAAAAAAACAACAUAAUAAUAGUAGGAAUGACAAAAAAAAAAAAAAUAAUCCUUUUAAAAAAGAAGAAACUAAUAAAAUAAAGUAUCAGUAUAAUAAUGCGAAAGUGAACCUUUGCGAAUUUCGUAUAAAAGACUGCAAUCAUAUAUCACUUGCAUCGAAUAGAAAUAAUAAAGACGUCCAAAAUGAUAUUGCUUAUAUGUAUAAAGAUAUGAAGCAUCAUUUUUCUAGCUGUUAUUGGGACCUAGUUAUGUUUGAAUAUAAUGAAAGUAUAUUCCCCCAGGAAAGAAAAAAAAAUAAUUUUUUAAAUGAAAUAUUCAGGUUUAAAAAUUUUGCUAUCUCGUAA